GUAAGCUCUUUCGGAAUCUAGAUCGAUUUCUAAAGAUACUGGCUGAGUGUUUCUUUCUGGUCGCUAUCCAGAAAACCGAAACGUGCGUGCGUGUUCUCGCUUCCAUAGCGUGAUAUUGCAACAUUUGCCUCGAACCUUGUUCAACUCUGCGAGCAAGCAAACAUAAGGCAGUGGUUUGGCUUGGAUCACACAGAAAUUGACACGACCGGACUUGGUUUUCUUCAUCGUUUAGUAUUGUUUCAUCAUCUCCGGAAUUAAACAGUUUCAGCUUUCGAGCAAUACAGCGCAUUUACUCGAAGAUGGCUUCGUCAACUGGAGUUGUCGUCCCACGAAACUUUCGUCUACUCGAAGAGCUCGAAGCGGGACAAAAAGGCGUCGGAGACGGAACAAUAUCCUGGGGACUUGAUAAUGACGAUGACAUGACCCUCACUCACUGGACUGGCAUGAUUAUUGGUCCACCUAGAACUCCUUAUGAAAACAGAAUGUACUCAUUGAAGGUCGAAUGCGGUGAGCGUUACCCAGAUGAACCGCCAACAAUGAAGUUUCUUUCUAAAAUCAACAUUAAUUGCAUCAACAGUCAGAACGGCGCGAUUGAUCACAGAAUGGUGCCAGUGCUGAGUCGAUGGAAUCGAGAUUAUACGAUAAAGACAAUUUUACAAGAAAUACGUAGGAUUAUGACUCUAAAGGAAAAUUUAAAAUUAACGCAGCCCCCAGAGGGCAGUUGCUUCUAGUGCUCUUAAUUCAACUCUUAAAUUCAAUUUCGAAAUUGCGAAGGAAGAAAGAACAGAAGGACAAAAUGUCAAGCUGAGAGAGUUUGAGGUAAUAAAAAGGCAAGAAGUAAGAAGCAACACACAUGAGUGGUGUAACUUGAUAAAUUUUGCAAACACGAGUGGUGUAACACAGUAAGUUAUAAAACAUUAUGAUUAUGAUGAUGGGACGGAAAUCGCUGCGCUAAGCUGGUAGCGCAAAUGUAGGCAAACCAUCAACAAACGUUGGAUGUAAGACAUACACAAGGGUAACAACAUAAAACUAAAGCACGCUAGAGUGGGAAGCAAUCCUAAGCAACUGAAUAUAACACAUUGCUCUACUGAAUAUGGAUCAGCAAUUAACGACAUCAGAUCAUUAUAUGUAGCGAACAAAUCCUGCUCGUUCCAACUUCUUGAGCGGUGAAAGGAAAUAAACCAUCCCCUGAAAAGGCAAAAUAACUUAUUCUCUUUUGCAACGUUCACAAGUCCGUUUGAACUCGUCGAUUGCUCCACACACAUCCGAUUUUAGAAUGUCCUUGUUGAAGGCUUCGCUGCUGACUCCGAUGCUGAUGCUUUGAUAAACACGACACUGUGCCAGGGCUGUGCAACGUAGUUGAGGGACGAGGAAUAUGAAUACUGAAGUCCAAAGUGAAAGACAUGCUAAUGGUAGAAUUCACACGCUCUGGAAUAAUUCGGGUAAUGAUAAGGUUCUUCACUAAGGCAUGGUUUGAAACAUUUGAAAUAGUUUCCGUUAUGCUCGCAAAUAGUAAUCAAAGCAUGGUGGCCAUCAUUCAUUUUAAAAUUAAGCAAAAACUAUGUGUUUGAAUUACAAUACAUUUGAAUUUAAUGAAAAUAUGUUGAAAAUUGAGAAGAUAAUAAGACUAAAGAUUUGAAAUUAACACUGGAACAUUCAUUUACUGAGUCUAUUGUCGAAGCAACUAACAGAAAAGCGUUUUUGAAUUUAGUAAAGCUUUUAUGAUAAUUAGACUGAAAUAGACGCGAGAACAGCAAGUCCUAAAUAACCGACGGAUAGUCAUUUUAUUUCCGAUUUUCAUAUGGACAUGUUUGUAAAAGAAAAGUGAAUACAACAAUUUUGGGUUUUCAUUGUUUGCGUCAACAGGAACGAUAUUUCAAGAGCGCUUUCGCACUCAUUUGUAUCAAUGGAAUGCUAUCGAUAUCGUUUGGACUAACCAAUUUUAUAUUAGCCGGUUGUAGAUUCUAAACAUAGCAAGUAGAAGUGUCGAAAUCUAAACCUGAUGCAACCUACGCUAUGUAAAUGUGGAGAAUCUUCGAUUCUAUAACUUUUGAUAUAGUUGCUAUCAAAAUGAGGCGGGAAGCGAUCUUAAGGGCAUCCGAUUCGAAUCCAGUUUAACGAAAAACAUAACUAGUAAAACAAAAUCUUGAACAGAAAUUGUAGCAUCAAUUUUAUAAACCAGACUUUAAAUGGAAUCUUUCACUAAAAUCAAUUUUCAAGUAAAAAGCAACACAGCAGCAUAAUUUAGAGGACUCGGAAAGACAGAUCAAACAGAUGAAUGAACAAAUUGGAGGCUACGCUGUUCAGCAGUUUGAAGAGAUGUAAAGAAAGCCUCGCAGCAGCAGUGAAUGUAGGUGUAUUGUUUUCUUGCGACGUCUUUAGGAAGACAGACCAUAUUGUUUCAUUUGUUCUAUUUACUGAAUACCGUAAACGCUUUAAGAAACCUGCAUGCCGAGUCGAGAAAAUCGUGAAAAAUGUGAUGUAAACCGUAAAAAGGUAAAUAAAUUUAUCUUUGCUUCAAACUCCGU